AUGCAGCGCAAAGAAAAAGGCAUCAAAGAUUUUGUCCUUUUGGACAAGAUUGACGAGAACAGCUUUGUUGCCAACCUCAAGACGCGCUUCGAAGACAAUGCGAUCUACACAUAUGUCGGCGAAGUCGUCGUCUCGGUCAACCCGUACAAAAAGCUUCCCAUCUACGGUCCGGAAGAGAUUGCGCGUUACCGCGGCAAGUACGUCUUUGAGCCAAACAUCAACCCGCACGUGUACGCUCUGACGGACACGGCGUACACGGCCAUGAAGUUCAAGGGCAUCGACCAGUGCAUCAUCAUUUCCGGCGAGUCUGGCGCUGGCAAGACUGAGGCGUCCAAGGUCAUCAUGCAGUACAUUGCUGCCGUUGAAAACACCAACCACAACACUGAAGUCGACCGUGUCAAGGAGCAGCUGCUGCGCACCAACCCUGUGCUUGAAGCUUUCGGCAACGCCAAGACCAACCGUAACGACAACUCGAGUCGCUUUGGCAAGUACAUGGACAUCCAGUUCAACUUUUCAGGCGAACCGGUCGGUGGACACGUCACAACGUACCUGCUGGAAAAGUCGCGCGUCAACCACCAGGAGAAGGGCGAGCGCAACUUUCACAUCUUUUACCAGCUGCUGGCCGGUGGCCCGACUGGCGACCUGCAGCUGCAAAAGGACGCGACCAAGUACCCGUACCUGAACAAGGGCGGCACGGUCAAGGUCGGCUCUGUCGACGAUGCUGCCGACUUUAAGGAGAUGAAGGGCGGCAUGGACUUUAUUGGCUUCACCGCCGACCAGCAGAACAACAUUUUCAAGGUUCUUGGCGCGAUUCUGCACCUGGGUCUUGUCGAGUUUGCGGCAGACGAAAAGGAUGGCAGCAAGGUCAGCACCAAGCCCGUCCUCGAGACAAUCGCCAAAAUCCUGGGCACCACCCCGGCCGCCAUCGAAACUGGCUUGUCGCACAAGACCAUCAUCUCGGGCGGCAACGUCAUCUCGUCGCCCCUGACCCCCGACAAGGCCGUGUACUCGCGCGACGCUCUCGCACGUCAAAUGUACCAGCGUCUCUUCUCCUGGAUGAUUGACCGCAUCAACGAGAAGGUUCACACCCCUCACGGCGAGAUCAAGAACGUGAUUGGUGUGCUUGACAUUUACGGUUUUGAGAUUUUCGAGUCGAACAGCUUUGAGCAGUUCUGCAUCAACUACUGCAAUGAAAAGCUGCAGCAGCUCUUCAUCGAGCUUACGCUCAAGACUGAGCAAGAAGAGUACAUGAAGGAGGGCAUUCAAUGGACUCCGAUCGAGUUCUUCAACAACCGCAUCAUUUGCGACCUCAUCGAGAAGAAACCCGGUGGCAUCAUCUCGCUCCUUGAUGAAGACUGCAUGCGUCCCGGUGACAAGUCUGACAAGGCCUGGCUCGAGAAGCUUCAGUCUGGCAUCGGCGCACACGCGCACUUUGUGACCAAGAAGGGCCAUGGUGACAAGACCUUCCCCGACAACUCGUUCAAGCUGGUGCACUAUGCCGGUGACGUGUUCUACAACGUGAACGGAUUUAUCGACAAGAACGUUGACGCCUUCUUCAAGGAUCUGGCCCAGGUCAUGUUCGAGUCAAAGAACCCGCUGCUGCGCGAAAUGUUCCCCGACGGCGACAAGGCCACCUGGAAGAACGCGGGCAAGAUGCCGCCCACCGCAGGCACUGCAUUCAAGACCUCGAUGAACGAGAUGAUUGCAACCCUCAACACCAAGGCUCCGUCGUACAUUCGCUGCAUCAAGCCCAACGACCGCAAGUCCGCUGGUGUCUUUGAUGAAGAUCGCGUGCGCCACCAAGUCCGCUACCUCGGUCUGCUCGAGAACGUCCGCGUGCGUCGCGCCGGCUUUUGCUUCCGCGCCGAGUCAUCUGCCCCCGCAACCUACCCGCACUGGAGGGGCGAUGCUCGCUCGGGUGUCAAGGCCAUUCUGGACCACCUCAAGCUCGACGCCAAAGAGUACCAGAUGGGCAAGACCAAGCUGUUUGUUAAAAACCCCAAGACUGUCUUCACCUUUGAGGAGGAGCGCGAGAACAUUAUUCCCAAGUACGUCACCAAGAUCCAAUCGUGGUGGCGUGUGAUUCGUGUCCGCCGUCGCAUUCGCGAGUACUUUGAAAAGCUGCAGCAGACGUUUGCCAACAUCAAGAAGGACCCGAACUUUGGCAAGGGCACUCGCUGGCCCGCCAUCCCGCACCCCGUGCUCAAGAACGCCGAAUCGACCCUCAAGAGCGUGCAUGCCAACUGGCGUGCCAAGCGCAUGGUGCUCUCCCUCUCGCCCGAGCGCCAAGACCUGCUCCGCAAAAAGUGCCUCGGCUCGACCUUCUUUACGAGCAAGCGCCCGUGGAACCUCCAGCGCGACUGGACUGGCAACUACAUCCCUGCCCUCGGACUGGCCGCUCGCAGCAGUGCCAUCUUCCGUGGACACGGCGACAAGGAGGUGGUGUUUGCCGACGAGGUGCUCAAGUACUCGCGCGGUGCGCGUCCCGACCGCCGCAUGCUGAUUGUUGGCGACGCCAACAUUUACAAGCUAGACCCUGCUUUCAAGGUCACGCCCAAGCGUGUCAUGUCCAUCAAGCAGAUCAAGGCCAUCAGCGUGAGCCCGAACAAGGCCUCGGUUGCCGUCAUUCAUUCGACUCAGCCCGGUUUCGACACUAUCUUGGAUCUCGGCGUGUCUGGACAAGAUCGCCUGUCCGAGUUUGUCGUGUUGACAUACCUGGCAGCCCGCAAGGCUGGCCACAAGUUUGCCGUCAACGUGGUUGACACCAUCCAGUACAACAAUGCUGAAAACCCGCAAAAGCCCACGCAGACGGUCGUGUUCCAAGCCAGCCCGCGCGCUCUCAAGCCUGGCCAGCCUUCCACUCUCAAGAAGGGCUCAACCAACACACUGUUCUACGCGCCUUAG